UCGUUUCGUCUACUUUUUUACCACUACUUCCUCUGGUUUUUCACUUUACACCACUUCAAAGGCUGACGCCGCCUAUAUAUACCAAAACCCACUUCAUUUCUCUACCAACCAAACACAAUCAAUUUCAGGUCUCAAAUCUUCCCAUUUUCGCUCAACAAAGAAAACCCUUUUCGUUUAAGCAUAGAAGAAUCCCAGAAAGUUAUUGAAAAUGAGCGCUGCUUGCAGAGCCUGGAUUGUGGCGACAAGUAUUGGAGCUGUUGAGGCAUUGAAAGACCAAGGAGUGUGCAGGUGGAACCAUGCCUUGAGAUCUAUUCAACAACAUGUCCAGAACAAUGUUAGGUCUUAUUCUCAAGCCAAGAAACUCUCUUCUUCUUCUGUUGCUGUGGUUUCCAACCAAAUCAAGCGGUCAAAAGAGGAGAAGAUUAGCAAAAUCAUGGAGUUAAGCAGCUGGGGUCCUAGCACUAUUAGGUUUUAGUUAGAUUGUUAUCAUUAUUAAUAUUAGACCCUUGUGUCGAUGUGGUUUUGUUUUUCUGGAGAAUGCUAGAUCUUCUAAUUAGUACGAUCUGGUGUAACAUUUUGGUUAUUUAUCUGGUGAAUAUAUUAUACGAUUGAGACA